AUGGCACAUUCGCCCCAGGAGCCGUUGUCAGGGAGGUCCGGCUCAGCUACGCUUAUCGCCGAAAGCACCAAGUCUCCAGUCGUGCCAAUCCGCUCCAUGUUCCCAACCUACAACCCCAACGUACCCCUUGCCCAGCAGAAUUACUAUCCGCAACGAUUCGCAGCCAGAGCAUCCAGUGUAUAUCCAGCCAGCUUCUCUCGUGAAGAAUACCGCAAUAGCAUCACUACGCCGAUUGAUCGUCAGCUAGGAUAUCGAACUGCUACACCUUCGGUCGUCAACUUCAAUGAUGCCAUGAGCAUGUCGGAAAUUCCUCAAUUCUCUUCACAUCGCGAACUCGAGAAGUUAUGGGAGGCGUCCCACGGGACCGAACCGAGUUCGCUGAUCAAGACGUUCGAUCUAGAGAUGACCAGAACGGCUGAAGCUACCUUCACUUUUGGAGCAGACCCGCAGUACCCCUUCUACACCCUCAAUACAUUCGAUACCAACGAAAUCUCCGUAGCUAAGACCAACCCUGUCAAGCGAUCGGAUGUCCGAGAAGUUGUAUUGUCUGCUCUUGAAUCCCCCGAAAGACGUCUGCCACCGCAUGAUGGUCUUGUUUCGUUCAUCUUUCCUAAGAUGGCAGCAAUGAUGGCCCUUAACCAGAGUACCGAGCUGGCCAAGGCACACCAGUUGGCGUCAACUGACCGAGAUGAUGUGGAAGCCGCCGCAAUCCGUCGUGCUGCGGCUCAAGAGGCCUGUCAUCUCCGGUGGAAUGCCGUGGCCAAGCACUAUGAGGUUGAGCAUCCAGCCAUUGCUCGGCGAGCCAGAGAUCCCGACUUUGUGAUGUCUCCCGCCUCCGCACAUGGCAGCGUGUUGUUCCCGGAGGGGAAGCCUGUGUUACACAUCAAAAUCAUCGAGUCGACGCCAGGUUCUGCGCCUGUCAUCACAGUCAGCAACCCCAGUGCCUCAUCUACGACCAACGUGUCUGCUGGUGCCGGCAUUCGACUGUCGACACUACCCCAGUCUGACUUCGACCGCCCGCUUGCCUCAUUGGACCUCGAUAAACAUACCCUUCACGUCAACGCCGACCUGAUCCUCAACCUGAUGCCCUCACUCUUCUCCAUAGAUUGCGUCAUCUGCGCCAUAUUCGCCGUUGCUAUUGCCGACGAGUCUACAAACCCCAUCUUGGGAGCUCUCCCGGUCUGGAAGGCUCGGCCUCGAGGCCCCGUGUCACAAUACGGCGGGUCUGUCAAGUCAUAUGCCGGCAGCGCGUUCUACGCCACCCUCGCCGAGCGGGAGGAAGCGGAAGAGGAAGCCAGGCAGAUGGAACAGGACCACAAAAAGGACGUCAAGGAGAGUCGGAAGCUCUCAUCUACGGACGCAAAAGUUAAGAAGACGUGGUACGGUGGUACGAAGAAGACCAAGGCCGACAAGAAAAAGAAACAGAUCGUCAUCGGCGAGUUCGAUCUCGAGAAGUUAGGGCAUUAUCAGGCGGGCGACCGCAAGGGACAAGAGCUGCCUCCGGUCGUCAGAGGAGUCAUGUCUGUGCUGGUGGGCACGUUGCGAUUUGUGACGUGGCUGUUGACGCUGAUCGUGAGCUUCAUCUGCUGGGUGCUCGUGGGUAUGACAAGGUGCGUCACGUCGGAGAAGUUUUGA